UAACAAAGGACAUCGAGGAUCAAGUUUUAUCAAGGAUACACAUUUGGAACAAAGGAUUCGAGAAUCUGUUCGAAUUCUUAACGUACAUGUGUCGUCAUCUGACGUGCAAUUAAUUUAAUUCAAUUUUUUUUAUUCUGACGAAUUGGAUAAAAAAAAAUUAUUUGAUGUUAACUUUUUUUUUAAAUCAAAGUCUGACGAUAACUUUUUUUUUUUUUUUUGUUUUUUAUAAACUAAAUGAUAUAUAUUGUAGAAGUAUAAUUUUAGGUUAAAAACUCUUCAAAUAUACACUAGGUGACGACAAAACCAGACACGUAAAUUUUGCCGGUAAUUAUUGUUAACAAUAAUUAUAAUAAACAAUUGAAAUAAAAUGGAGGAAAAAAAUUCAAAUGAAGAACCGGGGGAAAAAAAUGAAGUACAAUUCAGUCAUGAAGAACUGGUAAAAUUGACUCAAGAAGCAAUUGAUAAAAUAAUUGAAAGUGAUCCACUUUUUUCUGGACUACCUUCGGACGUAACUGUUGAAGAAUUAAAAUCUCAGACAGCAGUCGCUCAAGGACAAGCUAUCACAUUGUAUUUAAAUCGGGGUGAAUUACCUCGUUUAUCUAUUGUGGUUUCUCCAAACAACACCACAGUACUAGAUUUGAAAAAAGCAAUAAGAAGACAGACAACGCUGGCCCUUCACCGAGAAAGGGUACAGAAGAAAAUAAGCUGGAAACACGUGUGGAAGAAAUAUGACUUGUGCUUCGGUGGAAUUUCCUUAAAUAACGACAAAGAAAAUAUCAAAAAUUACGGUGUCACUAAUAAAGUAGAACUACACUACGUGAAAAAACGCAGAGAAAAAAAUAAAGUAUAUAAAAGUUAAUACAUAGUAAAUAAUUAAAUUAACAUUUCCAUUGUAUUUAUAAUACUUAAUAUAUAUGUAUACAUAGAUCUAUAACUUUAACUUAUUGUGUUAAAUAAAUCUAAAUUAAUUUUUA